AUGGACUGGGAUCCUAGUCGCUUUUUUCGGGCGACAGGCAAUGCGUCACCGUAUGCGCUGCUGGUCCUAAAUCAGCCAAUCAACGAGAAGGCGUUUGGUGUACUUAGUGAACAUGGUGAGGGCUUCCCAAUUGGGGCAGAUCGUCCUCCUUCAUAUAUUAUUUGCGCUGACGGCGGGGCUAAUCGACUAUACAAUGUGACAAAAAGUCUAGGGAAACAGUCAACCCAACUGCCAGAUGUUAUUGUCGGAGAUUGUGAUUCGAUUCUCCCUUCAGUACGACAUCAUUACGCGAAGCUUCGAGUGCCGAUCAUAGUGGAUCCAGAUCAAUACUCCACGGAUUUCACGAAGUGCCUCAAAUAUGUCAACGAACAUGCAGCCGAGAUUAUCAAGGCGCCCCGUCAAAAAGCGGGCAAUUCAAAAGAGAGCCAUAGGCUUUCUGGCUCACAUACGAUCCUUGACAUCGUGAUCUUAGGUGGCUUAGGCGGCCGCGUGGACCAGGCUUUUUCCCAGAUACAUCAUUUAUACAUGAUGACGCAAUCUCAGCGCCAGCUCCAAGAAGCACAUCAUACCAAGAAUGUCGAGAACAAGAAAGCCUCAUCAGCAACUGGCGGAGAUCUUUACCUUGUUUCGGAAGAGAGUAUCACUUUUGUCUUGCAGAAAGGAAAGAAUACGAUUCGUACGCCGGCGACUAGACGCCCCGGUGCAUUUAAGGCCUCCUCGAACUCUCAUCAGGAGAAUGUGGACCCAACGAAGAAACGAAAACGAGCUGAAGAGCCAGACCAGGAAUACCUGUUCGAGGAGAACAUUGGGAUCAUUCCUCUCUCGACACCUGCAUCAAUAACCACCCAUGGAUUCGAAUGGGACGUCCAGGAUUGGCAUACCGAAAUUGGAGGACAAAUCUCCACCAGUAACCAUAUUCGCGCAGACACCGUCGAGGUUGAGACAUCAGUGCCGGUGCUGUUUACAGUGGAGUUGGCAGAGAGACUCAAGCGAUGA